AACCGGCCUACCGCUGACAGCAAAAAACACAUACCAUUGAGUGACGUAAUCAAACACCGUAAACGAAACCUACUGAUCAGAAAGUUACAGGACACAAGCAGGCAAAACUUCUCCGUAUUUACGGCCAUUCUCAUAUCAGGAUGUCAGUGCAAUUCUAUGGCUGGGAGGUGGUAGACGAUGGUGCCUCUUUUACUGGUGUGUUGCUAGAGCCGUCGCAAAGACCUCAGAACCGGGGAGUCUACACUAUGUACCAUGGGACCAGCGUUGCCAGUGCACGUCUCAUUAUUGCAAAUGGCUUUAAACAAUCAUCAAGUGGCAUGCUGGGAAGGGGUGUCUAUGUCAGCCGUGAUAAGAAAAAAGCAGCCAGUUAUCCAAAGAUCUGCAGCGCUUCAAACCGUGUGGUCCUCGAGCUGCGUGUGUGCGUUGGCCGCGUCAAACGUAUUGACAAGGACAACCAUCCUAUGCAGCACACAUGGCACACACAUGGCUACGACACUGCCUGGGUGCCCCCCAAAUGUGGCAUGACAUCUGUAAAAAGUGGCAUGGAGGAAGAUUGUGUGUUUGAUCCUAAAAGAGUGACUGUGGUGGCCAUUGCAAAUGCACCAGAUACCAUAAGGACAGAGCUUCAGGAGCUUCUUGCAAAAACAUCCAAAAAGUCAAGAAGAGGAGAUGGUGAUUCUGCUGAUGUGUGUCCCCUUUGCAAGAGAAAGACACAGCAGGGCGCCCAACAUAUCAAGCAACAGUGCUGGAAGUGUGGGCAGAACCUCUGCAUUCUUAUGUCCAAGCACGUCUGUCCAGGAAGACCAUGACAGUCCAGUAAGGUAGAAAAAACUGGAUAGGCGAUGUCCAUGUGCCUGUUUAUCAACCGAUGUGUCAUAGUAGGGCCAACAGCGGACUAAAGCUGACACAGCUGGUGCAAUAUUUUCCAAUAGUUAAUGCUGGAUGCGUCUUGUUUACUUUAUUAAAACGUUAAUUUCAUAUCCCGAAUGUAUCACUUUUAGAUUAUUUGAUUUUUAUUCAUGCUAUUGUUAUAAGGAAACAAGAAAGGUGAUCUGCUGUAUUUACCAAAAUAAAAGAAGAAUUACAAUAAAUAUCAUUGUUGUCAUAUCAAAGUCCAUAAACUGAUGAUUUCUAAAAAUAACAACUAGAACAGACGUAUUGGCUCUCUUCCACAGCAUG